AUGCAGAACUUGUCACUAGGAGAAAGUCUUACUGGUACAGACACAUCACACCAGGGGUCUCUAAAAGACCUGGCAGCUGAAGCAGGUGCUGUCUCUCUUGAUGAGAGUGGCUGUAACUGGAAUGAAAGGACAAGCAGUGAAGAAAUUAUUAAUCUCGAAGUAAUGCAGCAAAGCCUCCCUGGAGGGAACAGCAAAGGGAGAAGCUGUGAGGAGGUUUCUGAGAGCAGUUUUAGUGCCUCAGAACCCAGCGGUUCCUGGGGGGAUUUUGAAGGCUUCAGGGAGUCCUUAGAUGAAGCAGAGAGAGUCGGUCACAAUGCUGAAGAUUUGGUGAAGUCAACAGAACCUUCUGGAGCUGGCAGAGACUUCAGCAGCAAUUCUGCUGUGUGUUUGGGUGCUGAGCCACUUCUGUGCAGCAGGACACAGGAGGCCUCAGGAUCUCUGGACGAGGCAGAGCACAGCUACGAGGACAUUUUUAAGUUGGGCUUUCCAGAAGUCUUUGUUCCAAGGUCCACAGAGAGCAUAAGAAGCUUAGAGCAAGUCCUUGCUACAAAUAAUGAAGAUGUUGGGAUACCUGAACUUUGGAAGGACCAGCUUUGCAUGGAUUCUGGAAACCUCUGGAGAACACUCAGAGACUUUGAUCAUAUUCCCAGCUUAAGAUAUCCCUGGAGUAAAUCUCACAGCCACGAAAACCUCUUGAGUGUUCUUGGGAUAGAUGCAAAUCAAACGGAUAAUUCCAAGAGCCAAGAGGAGAUUUGUGAGGAGUCAAAUGGCAAAGACAACGAGGACUUGAGGUUUGAUGGAUUUGGUGUUAAUGACUGCAAAGCAUUGAUCCAGACCAAGGUAAGGAUUGCCCUGAGCACUGCACAGAACACAGAGUCUAUUUCCAUCCUCCCCUUUGCUGUUGGCAGCAGCUUAGGACAGCUCUGA